AUGCUCGGCAGCGUUCGGCAGGUCUCGGCGACCGUCGUCUCGACCAUUUGGGGACCCACGCGGAGACUUCACUCUCAAGCCUCACCCGCAUAUCGAUUCGUCGGCCUGCGCGACAUAAUCACGGAUGGCCUUAAUGUUUAUGAAAUUGAGAUUAGUGUCAAUUGGCUCCUGCUGAGAGAGGACAUGGCUAAUGGGUCGGGAGCCACUGACUUUGUUCUUAUGGGUUUCCCGGGGGUCCCACAGGGGUAUCACAUUCCCAUCUCGCUGGCGUUUUUCGUUAUCUAUAUGAUGUCUCUGGGCGCUAACGGCACUGUUGUAGCCUUAAUCCUACCUAAAGGGAACCUGCACCAACCAAUGUACAUCCUCAUUUCAAACCUGGCCCUCUCCGACCUUCUGUUCGACACCGUGACGCUGCCCAAGAUCAUUGCCAAGUAUUGGUUUGGAGACGGCAGAAUGUCCUUCUCCGGCUGUUACUUUCAGAUGUCUCUUGUGCAUCUGUUGGGGUCUCUGGACUCUUUUCUCAUCAUGCUGAUGGCGGGGGACCGCCUCAUUGCGAUUGGCCAGCCGCUGAGAUACGCGGCUCUAAUAACCCCGAUGGUCACGCUCAUCAUCUGCUUCUUCUCCUUGGUCUUGGCCACCGGGGUGUCUUCCGUCAGCACUUUCCUGAUCCUCGACGUUCCUUUUUGUGGGAAAUAUAAAAUCAACAGCUGCUUCUGUUCCAGAACGUUUGUUGUCCCCUUGAUUUGUUCAGAUUUGUCGACUUUCCGCGUGGUGAACCUGAGCCUCAGCCUCAUUGUGCUCCUGGUGCCCUUGGCCUUCAUCAUAUUGUCCUACGUCAUCAUCAUCGGGGUCAUCAAUUCAUCGUUCCGCUCGGAGAACUUGGGGAAGUUGUUUUACACCUGCACCACCCACCUCCUUGUGACCGGUAUGUACUACAUCCCCAGGCUCUUCCUCUACGUGGCCAGUUACGUCCGCUUGAUUGACAGCGCCGACGCCGACGUUCUCAUCCUUUGCUUGUACACGUUUCUGCCCCACGUCGCUAACCCCGUCAUCUACUGUCUGAGGAACAAGGAGAUCCAGGUCACUCUCAGAGACUUGUACAGAAGGAAAGUUGGGUCUCUAAUGUAGUUGACAGUAUAUGUAGCCUGGAUAUUAAUUAUUGCAGAUGGAUAGUAAUAAAAUAUAUGAACAAAUAA